AUGUCCGUCUCUCUCUAUCCGCUGUGCCCUAUUUUACCGACAGAGCUAUCUGAAAGCCUUACAGAAGAUCACAUAACAUUCCGGUUAUUGAUCAACCAAUCCAUCAAAAUGGACAAGUUUCGUCAAAUGGAAGACGAAAUGAACCGUUUCGAGGCGGAAAUUGCCAGUCAAACGAUGGUAAACAACUAUUCGUAUUCAUUGCCCAACUUUCAAAACCCUUCGAUGAUACCACAUCAAAUCUCCAAGGGUGCCAAAAGGUAUGACAGUUAUUCUUCAUCUGCACACAUAAUCUCCAAACCUGCGGUUGUUUCUGCAAAGCCCACUCUGUAUGCAGUUCCCAAGGCUCCAGCGCCAGCGGCUACAACCGCCUCAACUUCAGCAUCUCAGUCUGCCGUGGAUUUCAUGGCGUUGCAAUCUGAAGUGGAGAAGAAAUUGAAGAAGCUCAAAAAUGAAAAGGUCAGUGCAGAACUUGCCAUUUCUCAGGGCAAGGCCAGCAGUGCAUUGCAGUCCUUUGGACCAGAUGAUUACAAAAGAAAGGGAGGGCCAAAGAACAGGAAAUUGAUGAGAUGUGCUGGAGGAUCGACUUGGGAGGAUCAUACAUUACAGGACUGGCCAGAGGAUGAUUUUAGGAUUUUCUGUGGGGAUUUGGGUAAUGAUGUGACAGAUGAACUGCUUACCAGGACAUUUAAUAAAUUUCCUUCAUUCCAAAGGGCUAAAGUAAUUAGAGAUAAAAGAACAAACAAAAGCAAAGGAUAUGGAUUUGUUAGUUUUAAAGAUCCUGUUGAUUUUACCAAAGCUAUGAAGGAAAUGAAUGGAAGAUAUGUUGGAAGCAGACCUAUAAAAUUGAGGAAGAGUACUUGGAGGCAAAGGUGCAUAGAUGUUGUAAAGAAAAAGGAGAAAGAAAAGGCUGCCCUUAUUAGCAUGCUGACAGGGCGAUAAGAUGUGUCCAUAAUGUAUAUAUUAUUAAGAUGUUAAGUAUAAAAUAAAGUGUCCAAUAAUAAACUAUUUUUAUUUAUAUGACCUGUCAUUUAAAUACUGAAUAUAUGUAAAAUAUAUGUAACUAUCUUAUUUAAUCAAUACAACAAAUCUUAUUUAAUGUAUUUUUAUUGGUUGAUGCAGGUAAAUUAAAUUUGGUUUAAAAUCCUGGUGUAAACAAAACAAAUCUUUCAAACAACAAUGCGUUUUAUUGUAUCUCUUACAAUUAGAGCAACUGCAUUUAAUUGCACUACUAUUACUGUUCUAAGAUAAUUAAUUGAAUAUAUUUGAUACAAUAUACUGUACAAUUAGGAUACAUAAUGGCUUUGAAUGAUAAAAUGAUGCAAUAUACAACAGUUUAAAAGAUGUGUAGAUAACAAUUUAAGAUUUUAAAAAUAAUACUGGAAACAAUAUAAGCACCACUUUAUAUAUUACAGUGAACAUACCAUGGAAAAGUCCCUAAAAAUAUUGGAAUGAAGGGAAAUUACAAAAUAAAAAGUUAAAAUUUUACCCUCACCACAUAAUAAAAUCAGCGCUAUUACUUAGACAUUCUUAUAAACUAUACAUCUAAUUAUUUAUAAACAUUGUAUUGUACAUAUUAAUAUCAAAGGGGAACAAACUCCCUAAAACAUGACGGCCAACAAAUUUACAAGUUUGAUUUUAGCGACCUCAGC